CGCCGAACGGUUGGCUUGGAGAGUUGUGUAAGAGAGUGAUUUUGGUCUAAAUGAAAAAGAAAAUUACGUAGAUUGAAAUUAUAUGGCUUCAUUACAAAAAUUAACAAAACAAUUUAUAUAGAUCUAUCCCUGUGACCUGGAAACAAGCAUAUAGAUACAAACGACUGCAAAAUGUACGGGUUUGUAAACUAUGCCUUAGAGUUACUGGUGAUGAAGGCGCAUGGUGUUGAAACAUGGGAAAAGAUCAAGAAAAAGGCUGAAGUUGCGAUGGAAGGAUCCUUUCUCGUGCGACAGAUUUAUGAAGAUGAAAUAACAUACAAUUUGAUAACUGCUGCAGUUGAAGUUUUGCAGACCCCAGCUAAUGAGAUUCUCGAGCUUUUCGGAAUGACUUUCUUCGAGUUUUGUCAAGAUUCUGGUUAUGACAAAAUUCUCCAAGUGCUCGGAGCAACCCCUCGCGAUUUUUUACAGAAUCUAGACGGUCUCCACGACCACCUAGGCACGCUAUAUCCAGGCAUGCGCUCGCCCUCGUUUCGUUGUACCGAGCGGCCAGAAGAUGGCGCUUUGGUGUUGCACUACUAUUCUGACAGGCCGGGGUUGGAGCAUAUAGUUAUUGGAAUUGUUAAGACGGUAACAAGCAAGCUCCACAACACGGAGGUGCAAGUGGAUAUCCUGAAGACGAAGGAGGAAUGUGACCACGUGCAGUUCCUCAUCACAGAGACAUCUUCCACGGGCCGCGUAUCAGCACCAGAGAUGACCGAGAUUGAAACUCUCUCUAUUGAGCCAAAGGUUAGUCCAGCAACGUUCUGCCGGGUUUUCCCCUUCCACCUGAUGUUUGAUCGCGAGCUGAACAUAGUGCAAGCUGGUCGCUCCGUCACCCGCCUUCUGCCACGGCUCAAUAAGCCUGGAUGCAAGAUCACUGAUGUUCUGGAUACGAUUCGUCCCCAUCUGGAAAUGACAUUUUCCAAUGUGCUAGCACACAUCAACACUGUUUACGUGUUGAAAACCAAACCUGAAGAAAUGAGUGUAUCUGAUCAUCAUGAGGAUAUUGCUCCGCUGCGUUUGAAGGGUCAAAUGCUAUACAUUCCGGAAACAGACGUUGUCGUGUUCCAAUGCUAUCCCAGUGUCACUAAUCUUGAUGAUUUGAUCCGCCGUGGGCUCUGCAUCUCAGACAUACCCUUGCAUGAUGCUACCAGGGACUUGGUGCUGAUGUCGGAGCAGUUUGAAGCCGACUACAAGCUGACGCAGAAUUUGGAAGUGCUUACUGAUAAACUGCAGCACACCUAUCGGGAACUCGAAGCCGAGAAACAGAAGACUGAUAGGCUCCUGUACUCAGUGCUCCCCAAGAGCGUAGCCACGGAGCUGCGGCACCGGCGGCCCGUGCCCGCGCGCAGGUACGACCCCGUGACCCUCCUGUUCAGCGGCAUCGUGGGCUUCGCCAACUACUGCGCCAGGAACAUCGACCACAAGGGCGCCAUGAAGAUCGUGAAGAUGCUGAAUGACUUGUACACCGCGUUCGACGUCCUAACCGACCCUAAAAGGAACCCCGACGUGUAUAAGGUCGAGACGGUAGGGGAUAAGUAUAUGGCGGUAUCAGGAUUGCCCGAGUAUAAGGAAGGUCACGCAAAACAUAUCUGUUUAUUAGCUCUGGAAAUGAUGGAUCUCUCAAAAACUGUUACAGUUGACGGUGAACCAGUGGGUAUAACCAUCGGUAUCCACUCGGGUGAAGUGGUGACCGGUGUGAUCGGCCACCGCAUGCCGCGCUACUGCCUCUUCGGCAACACGGUGAACCUCACCAGCCGCUGCGAGACCACCGGCGUGCCUGGCACCAUUAAUGUCAGCGAGGACACCUACAGCUACCUCAUGCGCGAAGACAACUAUGAUGAGCAGUUCGAGCUGACCUACCGCGGCCACGUCUCCAUGAAGGGUAAAGCUGUGCCAAUGCAAACCUGGUUCCUUACCAGGAAGGCAUAGAAUGAUCUGGAAAUCUCAGCCGUUCUUCGUGUACUUGUAUGGCCUAUCUGAGCCUAAUUGGUGUUAGCUCCGUAUUAUAGAUUAAUAUUAUGGUUAUUUAGUUCCCAAUUUUCUUUACAUACGAUAGAAGAGCCACGGGUGACAGUUAAUUUGAUAUUGGUUAGCAAAAUAUUAAUAAGAAGAUAUUCUAUUUAUUCCAUGUGGGCUUAGGAAAAAAGAUUACCUCUUUUUAUUCAUUUGAUAAUCAUUUUGAAUAUUUUAUAUAGUAUUUUAUAACAUUGUAUAACACGGACUUAGGACAUCGAUACGAAUAGAACGAUUGAAUGAACGAACAAUUAUAGAAUCGAUUUCGUUCAUUAUAGCACAUUAUAGACCGUAAAUUCUGAUAUUAGCCUCUCUAUGGCCUAUGUAUGUGGUAUGUAUAAUAAAUAAUAAUUAUUAAUUAUUUAUUUCAGGAAUGAUAAGAAAUCAGUAUAAAAUAGCAGGCCUAUAUUAUUCUACGCAAUUUAAAAAUAAUAAAAUAUAUUUAAUAGUAUUAUAAAUUGACAUAUUACUCAAAUUAUAUUUAAAUA